AUGACGACGCUUGAUCUAACUACAGAUCUCCCGAAUGGGCUUGAUUAUGAUAUUUCCCAGUAUCCAACUGAAUCUUUCCUAUACCUCACAUCAGACGAACCACUAGGUGAUGAAGAAUUCAGCGAUUUAGAGAAUACCAUCCCAGCCGACUCUUCGUUACUCAUGGAACUUGUGCGCAGGAUCGAUGAGAGUAGACCAGUUCCAAGUGAAGAGCCAGACACUAAAUUCGAAAGUGACCUUCCCAAUACUUCUGCAUAUCCAUCGCACUCCACCCCUUUAACUGCAGAUCGCCAUAAAAAAUCACACACCCCUAACGAAACUGAAAAGUUGUUUAAGUUGUACCAACCGUUGGUAAAUGAAGAAUUAAGACUGUACAUAAACAGGCUCGUGGGUCUGAACCCCAAGAAUGGCGUUUUAAGAUCGAUUGAUGAAGUUCAAGAGAAAGAGAACGAGAGCGUUGGAAGUGAGAACGAGAAUAGUAAUCAGGCAGGUCAAUCUCCAGAUACUACUCCACCAACGUCUCAAGAUCAUAUAGCCGAGCAUAAAUCGGGUAGUCUGGCUGCAAUUCCAGCUAUAUCGCUUUCGGACCACCCAGAUACUGAGUCUGAUUCGGUAUCAGUAUCAGUAUCAGUUUCACAGUCAGACACCGACUUUGAUACUAGUUAUGUACCUAAAAGUGUGAAAUCAAAGUUAAGCUCGCCAGAUUUGGAGGACCGACACGCCAUUGUUCCACAAUUGGAAUUAAUACAUCAAGUUCAAAAUUUAGAAAAAGUUCAAAGGCAGAUGGAAGAAAGGCAUCAAAUUGAGAUUUCACAAUUGAAAAAUCAAUUAGAAAAACUAGCUAUUCAGAAAGACGAACAAUUGGAAAACUUAAAGGACGAAAACUUGAAUUUGAGAGUACUAAAUGGAGAACUUGAAAUUAACUUAAUGAAAGAGGAGGAAAAUAAAUUGGAUAGUAUGAGUUCCAAGCAUGAUAAAUCAGAAACUUUGCAGGCCAAAAUUGAUUUAUUAAUGAAAGAAAACAUAAACUUGAGGAAUAAGUUGAGUAAUUCUAAAGUGCAUAAUACCGAACUUAACAACGAGAUUAAUUUUCUCCGGAAGAAGGAUACGGUGAUCCCUGAAACUCCAGUAAAGGGGGAGGAAAUCUUAUCAAAUGAGAGGACAACGAUAAUAGAACAACUGGACCAAGAAGUGGGUGAUCAAAGGAAGUUAAUAUCCAUGGAGACAAUCGAGCCCCAAUUCAGACUGCACUAUAUGAAGUUUAAGCUUGAUGAAAUUGAUAAUUUGAAUAAAUUCGAACUUAGCAAUUUACUUAAAAACAUCAUGCUUACGUUAUUAACGGGAGAUUUGGCUACUUUACCAAUUGCGAUAAAUAAAUUUGCCAGGGUUUUAAAACUUUUAACCAUUUUCAUGGACAAAGUGCAUGGGAUUGUAUACGAUGACAGUGAGACAGGAGUGAGACCUUCGGUAUAUAUAAAAGCUCCACAUCAAAAGACCGACAUAGAUAAAUUGGAAAACUGUUUGGGAGAAAUGGUUAGAGUCAUUGAGCAAAGAAUUGCUAAGUAA